AUGGUACAAUCUAAAAGUUUGAUUGAAGCCAUCCAACCACAAACCCAAAUGGAUGUAUGCAUUUAUGUUUUGAAUACAAGUGAGCGAGCUUUUCUAUCCACUACUCUCAUCGCCACAAUAAAAGGUGGUACAAGUAUGCCUCACUUGGGGUUUUAUGGUGUUUAUCGGAUUGCAAAUAAUGAUUUUCAAUAUUUCAUGUAG